AUGAAACGAAAGUAUAAAUCAGGAUCUGCAAAAAGGGCGGAAAAAAGAAAAAGUAUUCAAAUAGCCACCCAAAAUACAGCUCCUAUAGCCUCAUUCUUUGAAAAAGCUGAAAAUGUUGAAAGUGAUGCUGAAGAUACUCCAUCAACAUCUUCCGUGGCUGAUGAAGCUCAAUUAAGUACAUCAAAUGAAGGUGUAGACAGUGGGAGCAUGAAGAAAAAUGCUGAAACUUCUAAUGAUCAAUUAGGACUUUUCAAUCUAGCCAAUGAAUACCCUACUGACAGAGGGCACUUCCCAUCCUCAAUUGAAGAAGGGGAUUUAAAGAGACUUAUUCUUAGUCAUGGCCCAUGUAAACCUGAUGGACCAUUUACAGUGGAAGACGAACAAGGUAACAUAACAACAAACUUCAGCACAUCAUAUUAUCAACUCCACAGCAAGAACAAAAUGUGCCCGAGAUCAUGGCUUUGUUAUUCACCAAUAUUAGCAAAACCAUACUGUGAAAAUUGCUGGCUUUUUGCUGAUCGAAAUCAUCCACGUUUUGGCUUGCAAAGUGCAUGUGUAGAUGGAGUUCAGAGCUCAAAAAAGCGAUUGCUAGCUAAGAUAAAGAAACAUGAAAACUCAUUGCUCCAUAUCGAAGCAUCUGCUGUAUAUCUUAGAUGGAAAGAAGGGAAGACAAUAAGUGACGAAUCCCAAAAGCAGAACCAACGUGAAACUAAUUUAUGGGUGAACGUUUUGAGAAGGGUUUCGGGUGUAAUUCUUUGUCUGGCCUCGUUAAGUCUUGCUUUGCGAGUAUAUGAUAAAAAAGUAGGUGAAGGGCUUGCACAAGGAGAGAAUUUCCUGGGUGUGGUGACACUGUUAAGCGAAUUUGACACUAUUACUAAUGAUGCCAUCUCCUUACCUAAGUAUGCAACUCGAUACAUGAGCCCCAAAAUCCAGAAUGAACUGAUUCUAACAACAUCUCAGCUGCUGCGAAAGUCUUUGGUCACUGAGAUAAAUGAAUGUCCAUUUUGGUCAAUUGUACUGGAUACCACAAGUGACAUAAACAGAGUAGAUCAUCUCAGUGUCACUGCUCGGUGGGUUAAAGUACAAAACGAGAAUGUUACCAUUAAGGAAACUUUCCUUGGUUUUAUAUCUGUAACUGACAGAACAGCGGCCGGCCUCGUAGAAACAACAUGCAAAUAUGUCGAAGAUAUUGGACUUGACAUGGAAAAGCUCCGUGGUCAAGCUUACGACGGGGCGAGUGUCAUGAGUGGUGUUCACAAUGGCGUACAAAAGCUGAUAAAAGAUCGUUCAUCAAAGCUUGUGCCAUUCAUUCAUUGUGCAGCACACAAUCUAAACCUUGUUAUAAAUGAUGCCGUAAAUUCCGUUGUUGAUAACGAUAACUUUUUCGGAGUUAUUCAAUCCAUUUACGUAUUUUUCUCAUCGUCCAUAAAUCGGUCAAGUGAUUUACAGUUGCUCGCUGUUGAUUUGUCCUUGUCUUUAAAAAAGCUCUGCGUUACCAGGUGGUCGUCUAGGGUAGAUUCGGUCCGUGGAGUGCGGGACAGAUUUGUUGACAUUUUGAAGCGACUGACAGUCAUUUCGUUGACCAGCAAGGAUAAAAAAGAACGUGAUGAAGCAGUUGGCAUCUAG